UGAAGGAUGUCGAUCCUAUCGUCGAGGGCAUGGAGCUCGAGACGUACGAAACCGUUGAUGAGAAAAGGCGGAACGUUUUCCGCCAGCCCGACGAUGGGGACACGAGCACCAUAGGGGAGGAGAUCUUCCACCCAGAAAGUAGGAAGAAAAAGUCGAUGACCAAGUCCCUGUUAAAGGGAUUCAUCGUGGUUGCAGUCGUAGUCGUCAUCGUUGUCGCAAUCAUCUGCCUUGUCAUUUUCCUUGGUCCAGAAAUAGCAGGGCCCACAACAAAGGCGCCACCAAGAUCAACGACAACUCCAGCUCCAACCGUCAUUCCGGGAGUAGUAGUUGGCGAUGUGAACAUCAAAGUGUCUGCCACCCUGAAUGGAGUUGUAUUCAUUCCAGAGUUCAGUGACCCCUCAUCUACUGAAUAUAUGGAGUUUGCGAGCAAGACGGAAGCUGAGAUGAUGAACGGACUACAGAAUGACGAUAUGAUUGGAGGCUUCGUAAACAAUGUAACUGUGACAAGUUUAAAUCCUGGGAGUAUUGUCGUGGGUGCAGAAAUCGUAGUUUCUGGUGACGUCGCGACGGCCUUGCCUGGAGCUGCAGACUCCUCAUCGGCAUUUGAUGUUCAGCUUCAAGUAGCGAAUCAGGUGUCUGACGCCACCAACGACGCUGUUAUGCAAUCACUGUCCAACAAUGGAAAUCUUGGAUCGACAGAUGUCCAAGUUGAAAUUUCAGAGGUAUCUGUUCCGGUAACAGCAGAUGGCACGAAUCUACCAGAUACCGUCACGCCUGGAGAAGCUUGCGAGGAAGGAUUUUUCCGCUGCAAUGACGGCACAUGCAUCACUCAAUCGUUAAGAUGUGAUAACGAGGAGCAAUGUUCGACUGGGGAGGAUGAGCAACUAUGCGAAUCACCAACAGAAGAGACCACAACAGCGACACCUACGACAACGGUUACCAUGGCUCCAACAGUGAUUCCUGGAGUGGUCGUUGGGGAUGUGAAUGUCAAAGUUGCCGCCACCUUGGAGGGAGUUGAUUUCAUUUCCGAAUAUAAUGAUCCUUCAUCUUCUGAAUACAUGUCUUUCACUGGCACAGUAGAAACUGAGAUGAUGAUUGGGUUACAGAGUAAUGUCCAGCUCAUGGGUUACAUUACUGGUGUGACUGUGACGGGCCUAAGCCCUGGGAGUGUCGUUGUGGAUGCAGACAUUGGGGUCUCAGCAGCGUUUGGGAUGUCUCUAUCUGAGGAAUAUACAAACACCAUGUCAGCCUUCGAAGUUCAGCUGGCCGUAGCGAAUCUGGUAUCUAGCGCCAUCAACGACGCCGUUAUGACAUCACUCUCUAAUAAUGCUCAGCUUGGUUCAUCAGAUGCUCAAGUUGAUAUCACAGAUGUACGUGUUCCAGUAACAGUCGAUGGCAUAAGUAUCCCAGAGAGCAUCACUCCAGGGGAUCCUUGCCCUGAUGGGUUUUUCCGCUGCACUGACGGUACCUGCGUCCAUGAAACCUUGCGAUGCGACUACUUUGAUCAAUGUCGAAUGGGAGAAGAUGAGCAAUUAUGUGGUGAAUGUGAAAGCGAUGAGUUCACAUGUGACAACGGCAAAUGUAUACCAGAGCAAUGGCAAUGUGAUUUUUACGUUGAUUGUGGUUAUUACAGCAACUAUGGAGACGAGACUGGCUGUGGACAAGGCGAGAUAGUAAACAUCACCCUUGUUCAAGGAACACCGGUGCUUGUCCAGCCCCCAUCAUAUCCCAACCCGUACCCCGCUCUUGAGAACCGAUACUGGGCCAUCACCACCGAGGACCCUGACCUCAUCAUCGGAUACACUUUCAUAACAUUCGACCUUAGACUUACGGCCAGACUGAACUUUGAAAACGGAUCAGAUACGAGCCAUCCAUCAAACGAUUUGGCGUUCUAUUAUUACCGCUUUGAACCGGUUCCAGGAAGAGUUUAUGCUCUACACACCAACGCCGCAUUAAUGUUCUUCUUUCCCGGCACACAUCCUGGUGGAACGGGAUUUGAAAUUGAAUUCAACGCCAUUCAUCCAUCUACAUAUACACCUGUUCCGUGUGCCCUUGGACAGUUCCAGUGUGCCAGUGAUGGAGAAUGCAUCCCCAGCUACUGGCAAUGUGACGAUUACUACGACUGUUCAGACAAGUCGGACGAAAUUCCAGAGGUUUGCGCCAACAUGCCCGCUCCAGGAGAGUGUGUUGCCGGCAACCAUCAGUAUCAGUGUGCGGACGGUGAGACAUGCAUCCAUGCUGCCUGGGAAUGUGAUCACUACGAAGAUUGUCCCGGUGGAGAUGACGAACAUCAAAAUUGUCCUUGUGAUUCAGAUAGUACAUUCCGAUGUGCGCCCGAUGAGAGGUGCUUUCCAGUUGCCUGGAUGUGCGAUGGGUACCCUGAUUGCGCCGAUUUUUCCGACGAAACAUCGUGCGGGGGCCCAGAUUCUAUAGAUGCCCAGGUUUUAAGUCCAGGACAAACCUUGAAUUUCACAUCCCCCAACUAUCCUAAUGAUUACGGGAUGAACGUGUUCUACGUCUUCACCUUCCAAACCAUCGAAGGAUAUAGAAUUCGGAUCAAUGUUUAUGACUUCUCCACUGAGGUCGGAGGGUACGCACUGGUAGGGGAUGGAUUCGAUCCAGACAAUUUUUACACAACUCUACUCUACCUGGACUACACUAGUGAAGUCCCAAGCGUCGCACCAAUAUCGGUGAUAUCGCCUUCACAUGCAAUAUGGGUGAAACUGCACGGGGGCCCGUAUGGAUUCAACAAACUAUAUGCGUCGGCAACGUCAACAAAUGAAUGCAGUGAAAACGAGUUUGAAUGUCCAGACGGCUCUUGCAUACCUUCAUAUUACUUAUGUGACUUUAUUGCUGAUUGCAAUCCGGGAUACACGGAUGAACUGAAUUGCCCAGAACACCCUACCAUUGUUCACCAAGAUGUCUUAGUGGAUACUUCUCAUACGUUCACGUCCCCUCUCUAUCCUGCAAACUAUCCUGGCAACAGCACAUUCUUCCCCUACACCUUCUCAUCCCCCGACCCUAGCAAGCACAUCAAGUUUGAGUUCACGCUCUUCGACCUCGCCGAAGGAGCCUCUCUCAUUUUUGGAACGGGGCACGAUUAUUACGAUAUUUCGUCGGGGUUUGAUGUGUUCCACACGAGAGUGCCUCCUACUACCGUAUACGCACCGUCAGACCGCGUAUGGGCCGACUUCUAUUCUGGUUUCACAGACGCUCCAGGAUUCUUUGCCACCGUAUCGACGUACCCUGCUGGUCUCAUUCCUCCCCCAGUGGUCUGUAAUUCUAACGAAUGGGCAUGUCAUGAUGGACUGUACUGUAUUCCACUAAGCUAUCGAUGUGAUGGUCAUCGGGACUGUCCUUCCAACGGAGAAGACGAACAUGGAUGUUCUUCAAACUGCAGAGAGUACCAUUUUGAAUGUAAGAACGGUGAAUGCCUUCCUGAGCAUUCCCAGUGUAACGGCCUAGAGCAGUGCUCAGAAGGAGAAGAUGAAAUAGGCUGCCAAGUUGAAGGAGAGUGCAGUGAUCAACAAUUCAGAUGCAACGAUGGUCUUUGUAUCCCUGAUAAUUUGAGAUGUGAUUACUUUUACCAAUGCUCGGAUGGUUCAGACGAGUCACCGGAAGAAUGUGGAUUUUGCAACGAGUUGGACCACUACCAAUGUGCUUACGAUGGCAAGUGUAUCCCUCUCUAUUUCCUCUGUGAUUACUACUAUGACUGCGUUGGAGGUGACGACGAGAUGCUGUGCCAUUUUGAUACUGAACCAACCAACAUCACAUUGGCGAUGGGUGAGAAAGUCAACGUCACUUCCCAGAACUGGCCGCAGUCGGCCGACCCGGCCAUCUACCAACUCUGGCAUAUUGCCGCCCCCGAGGGCGCUCUGAUCCACUUUGACUUCCUUGAUUACGACCUUGGCGUUCAGUCCUUCAUUGUCUUCUCUGAUGGUCAUAUGGUGGCUAACCACUCCAACGAUUGGGCCCACUAUUUUCACGAUUUCAAUCCCGAAAUCCUUCUCUCCCACGAUAACACAAUCUCGGUGCAGUAUUACAGUGGAGCUUACGUCGGAACCCGAGGCUUCUUUCUGUCCAUGAUGGCAGUGCAUGCUGGUCAUGUACAUCCUGCAUGUCCGGACACAGCUUAUCAAUGCCUCGAUGAUUCUGAGUGCAUUCCUCUAUGGUGGCAAUGUGACGGGUAUUAUGAUUGCUUGGGUGGAGACGACGAAAUGGACUGCACAUACCCUGCUCCAGGAGAAUGUGGUGUCCACCAAGACGAAUACAGAUGCCAAGACACGGAUAUAUGCAUCCCGGGGUACCUUAGAUGCAACUACGACUCAAGCUGUCCUGGCCACGAUGAUGAGUUUAACUGUACUUGUAAAGAGAGUGACUUUAGAUGUCUGAGCAGCGGCCGAUGCAUCCCGGGUUCUUAUCAGUGUGAUUUCUACUAUGACUGCGCCCCAGAAGAUAGGUCGGAUGAAAUAGAAGGAUGCGGGACACCAGAUACAAUAGUGCAAGAGAACCUUCAAGUGGAACAGCUUUACACCAUCUCAUCGACCAACUACCCAAACCCUUACCCACCGAAAGACUACCUGGUCUAUAUCAUCACGGCUCCUGAUGACUACGUUGUCCGUGUGAUAUUCAACGAUUUCUCCAUCGAUUGGAAAGGUUUCCUCGCGUUCGGUCACGGCAGUGAUUACCACGAUCACGACCAAGCUUUUGCCGUGUACAACCAUCAUGACAAGAAUCCAGUGAACUUCUACACACCCACCAAUCAGUUCUAUAUUGUCUUCCAUGGCGGUCCCUAUGGGCAAUCCACUGGUUACAAUAUCAGUAUGAUCCCGAUAGAAAAAGCAGCUACCCCAACGGCAAUCCCACCCGGUACGUGUGCACCAUGGGAGUUUGCUUGCUUCGAUGGAACUUGCAUCCCUGCAACAUUUGAGUGUGAUGGCAUUCAUGACUGUAUUCAAAAUGAAGAUGAAGCUAGGUGUACUGCAGUUGGAGGAACUUGCCAGCCACAUCAAUUCACCUGCAACGAUGGUGCUUGCAUCCACGAAUCAUGGAGGUGUGAUGGUUUAAUUGACUGUGUUAAUGAUGAAGAAUAUUGCCCCUGUCCUGACCACUUGUACGAAUGUGCCCCAGGGGAAUGUAUUUACCUUUUUUGGCAAUGUGAUGACUUUAUCGAUUGCUCAAAUGGAAAAGACGAAAACACUUGCGGUCCAUGUGAAGAGGAUGAAUACACUUGCAGCGAUGGAGCCUGCAUACCUGGGGUCUACAAAUGCGAUGCCUUCUAUGAUUGUUUUACUCUUUCUGACGAGAUGGACUGCGGAACGUUGGAAAACACAGUAAACAUUUCACUGUCUGAGGGUGAAUCCCAGGUGAUCCGAUCCCCUGGCUACCCUGUCCCACAUGACAGCGGCUGCUAUUAUCUAUGGAUUAUCACGGUACCGGACGGACUCUACGUCCACGUCACUUUCCAAGACUUCUCGGUCACCAUCUCCACGUAUCUUUCCUUCGGGACCGGUGCUGACCCUGAUGACGUGGACUCGUUCUAUACCGCCUACUACCAUCGCACUGCUUGGAACGAGGUUGUUGUCCCGAGCAGUGUUGCUUGGAUGCAAUUUCACUGCGGCGUCUUUGCGAAUGGCCGAGGGUUUGACCUGACCGUCACAACUACAAACAUCACCACUCACGAGUUUGCUGACUGCACAGCCGGGCAGACACAGUGUUACGAUGGGCACUGUAUCGAUAGCUUCUCUCUUUGUGAUAACUUCAGAGAUUGUUCAAUGGGUGAAGAUGAAGGUCAUGGCGCACUUGUGAACUGUUCUACCUAUGAUUAUAGCGCAUGUGGCAACCAUGACAAUGAGUUUGAAUGCAAUUUUGCGUUUGGUGACUUUUGUAUUCAUGGCAACUGGCGAUGUGACUUUGUAUACGAUUGCCCAAACAACGAAGAUGAAUUGAAUUGUCCAAGAAAUUGCACUGAGCAUGAGUUUGAGUGUCCUAAUCGUCAGUGCAUCCCAAGUGCUCAACGAUGUGAUUUCCAUGUUGAUUGCCUCACUAUGAGUCCAGAUGAUGAACUAAACUGUGGAACACCGCAAAAUACAGAAUAUAUCUUCUUAAAUGAGAACAUUACCACGCUGAUAUCGCCAAACUUCCCUGACGUCUAUCCAAAGAACACGUACAUAGUAACCCACGUUUCCACCGUUCCCGGUAAAGUGAUCAACGUGACGAUCAACGCACUCGACCUCAGCCUCCGCUCGUACGUUGUAUUCGGCAACGGGACAGACACGCACGACUUCAGUCAGAUCUUUGAGGUCUACAUGCACAGAAGUGUACCUCCUUCCUAUCUCCUGUCCCAAGGGCAUGAACUCUUCAUCGAGUUCUUCACUGGCAUCUACGCUUUGUCACAAGGAUUUAACAUCACUCUGGAGGCCGUCGAUGAACCACCCGAUGCGACGUUUCCACCUUGUGAGGAUGAAACUAACUUCCAAUGUGCAGGAGAUGGCCAGUGCAUUCCGGAUAGCUGGGUUUGUGAUGUCUGGAUAGAUUGCGGAGAUUUCAGUGAUGAGGUUGGAUGCGAAGAUGUGACAUGCCAGCCGGACGAAUAUGAGUGCAUUGGUGGACUGGGAUGUAUUCCUGAGAACUGGAAAUGUGAUGCAUACGUAGACUGUUUGUUGGGAGACGAUGAAGAAGAUUGUGGUUUUAUAUGUUCUAUCUUUGAGUUUGCGUGUCAAGCUACCGAAACAUGUAUCCCAUCCUACUGGGCUUGUGAUUACUAUCCUGACUGUGACUUAGGCGAAGACGAAAGAGAUUGCUUUGACUGUGGCGAAGGGUACUUCAAUUGCAGUGAAGGGGUCUGCAUUCCAGACUACUAUGUUUGCGAUGCAGAUAACGACUGCUGGAAUGAGGUAGAUGAGGAUAGCUGUGGAACCAUUGAAAACACUGAAUACAUCACUCUUGGCAUUGGUGAAGAGCGCACCAUCCAGUCCCCUGGCUAUCCUAACAUCGACACCCACGACGCGCUGUGCUAUGUCGAAUGGAUUGUCAAUGUUCCCGACGGCUAUGCUAUUCAUCUCACCGUCAAUGUCUUUGCGAUACCUCCCGAGGCAUGGCUUCAGAUGGGUACCGGGGACGACGCUGACAACGACACCAGUCGCUAUGCCGUCUAUCACAUCGGGACAGCCCCAAGAGAGAUUGUCCUCCCUGAUAGCACCGCCUGGAUCUCGUAUCACUGUGGAGCUGGGUCAGCUCGAGGAUUCUCUAUUACCAUUAGACCAACCGAUAUUACAACUCACAACUAUACGGCCUGUACAGCCGCGGAAUUUGAGUGCAACGAUCAUCACUGUAUCCCAUCUCAUUAUCAAUGCGAUGGCUUCAAAGACUGUUCUAAUAAUGAGGACGAAUUUGAUCACUUGGGACGUGUCAACUGUUCAAACUUUGAUCACAGUGCGUGCGGAACAUUUGAAACAGAAUUCCGAUGCCCAUCGGGAGCCUGCAUCCAUUCCAAUUAUAGAUGCAACGGUUAUUUUGAAUGUCCAUAUUCUACUGCCGAUGAAACGUCAUGUCCAACGUGUGGGGAGACAAUGUUUGAAUGCCCCCUCCAACAAUGCAUACAUGGGACUAAGCGUUGUGACUUCUUUCUGGAUUGCAUUGGGGGCGUUGACGAUGAACUCAACUGCGGAACACUCAACAAUACAGAAUACAUCUAUCUGAAUCAGAAUGGCAUAAAUAUUACAUCAGUAAACUACCCGGGUGUGUACGAACCAAAUGAUUAUUACGCGAUAAUAGUCCGCACCGAUCCCAGCCGAGUGAUCCGUGUGAUUUUCUACGACGUCAAUCUCGCCAUCGACACUUUCCUGGCCUUUGGGCAUGGGAACGACACUCAGGACUUCAACAACCUCUUCCUGGCAUACACCCAUCAAUCGACCACUCCCCCAGAAUUCAUUUCAAUUACCAAUGAGAUAUAUAUCGAGUUUCACGCAAAGAACUACAUAGCAUUAGCCGGAUAUUUCUUAGGGUUAGAAGAUGUAGACCCAACGGAUUUUACUCAUCCACCCUGUUACAAUGAUGAGUUCCAAUGUCACCUCACUGGAGUUUGCAUUCCUCUUAUUUGGGAGUGUGAUAACUUCCAAGAUUGUGGAGAUGCCAGUGAUGAAUACUUCUGCCAAGCACCAGUCGAUGGACAGUGUGAGGACCAUCACUUCACAUGCAAUAACUCGAAUUGCAUCCGCGAGGAUUGGCAGUGUGAUGGCCUUGAUGACUGUGGCGAUAACAGCGAUGAAGCAGGCUGCCCUUUUACUGGCUGUGGCGGCUCUUCAUUUUUCUUUGAAUGUUACAACAGCUCACAGUGCAUCUUUUUUACAGAGGAAUGCAACCAUGUAGCAGACUGUGAAUAUGGCGAAGACGAGAUCGAUUGUCCUAUUUCUGGAGAUUGCGGAGUUAACUUCUUUAGGUGUUCUAACGAAGCCUGCAUACCAAAUUACUGGCGUUGUGAUGGAUUCAACGACUGCUUUGAUAACGGUGAUGAAAUGGAAUGCGGUACUGUAGGAACUAUUGAAAGCAUCACCAUUGGUUUGGGAGAGACUGCAAACUUCACUUCCCCAGGCUAUCCGGACCGCUACGAACCGCAGUGCUACAUCGGCUGGGAAGUCACUGUUCCGGACGGAUAUUGGGUGCGUUUCCAGUUCUACUCCAUCCAGCUUGUAUUGCAAUCGUUCCUUUCGAUUGGAACAGGCCUCGACCACAGCGACCAUGACACGAUCGUCGCUGAAUUCCAGCACAACCACGAGCCGAGACAGUACGUCGUCCAAAGCAACGAGGCUUGGCUUGAAUUCCACUGUGGACCGCACGCACAUGGAGAAGGGCUCCUGAUCCAUGCUUCAGCCAUUGAUCCAAACAAUUACGUGCAUCCAACUUGCCCUAGCGAUGAAUUCCAAUGUGAUGAUGGGAAUUGCAUCGAGCCCUUUGACCUUUGUAACGGAAGAAAUGAUUGCUUGGGAGGAGAGGAUGAAGACCAAGAUUGUGGGAAUUUCGACCCAUAUGGUUGUGAUGUAGAAGGGAAUACGGUCGUAUGCCAUUUCUUUUCCUCUGCUUACUGUGUGCAUGAUACAUGGAGAUGCAAUGGUCGGUCGGAUUGCUUUUUUAACGAGGACGAGCAUGGCUGUGAGUGUGAUGCUGGUCAAUAUGCCUGCGGAGACCAUUGUAUCCCUGCUAGUUACUACUGUGACGGGUAUCCUGACUGCACUGAUUAUUCUGAUGAAGAUGCUUGUGCCAAUGUAAACAACACAGUGAGUUAUACCUUGACCAAUGAUCCUAUCAUCAUCACAUCUCCCAACUAUCCCGGAGACUACCCCCCGAACGAUGUUACGGUGACGCUCGUCACCGCGCCAGAAGGAAUGGCUGUGUUGGCGCAGAUAUUAGAUUUCAAUGUCAGCUACUCGACGUUUCUCCUCUUCACGAACGAUCACGAGGUCCAUCCGGUAACCAGCGAUUUCAUCACAGCACUUGGCUACACGUAUGGAAGGAGUUUGACCGAUGCUCAGUCUGAGAUUAUAUCUAGUGGCAAUACAAUGGCCAUUACUCUCUAUACAGGAUACUACGGCCAAGCCCAUGGCUUCCAGAUACAACUAUCAGUGGUAGAAGCGCCAAUAUGUGCCAGUAAUGAGUUUACAUGCGAUGACGGAGACUGCAUCCCUGACUUUUAUGAGUGCGACGGAUAUCUUGAUUGUUUUGAUGGUUCAGAUGAAAUCAGUUGCCCAUAGUUUAUGGAAUUUGCAAUCCAGGACUUUUCUCUUGGAACUGACGGAAAAUAUAGAAUCCAGGACUACAGGUACUGUGAUGCCUGAUUGUAAUUCAGACAGUGACUUUCCAUUUAAAUGAAUGGCCCUUAACCAUUUCAGAUAAUCUUUAAAUUCCAUUUCAAACCUAACCUCAAAUGGAAAUUCUCUUUUGUCAUAGGAAAAGAAAACAGCAGAAACAUGAAUUCCAUUUUGAAAAGGCAAAUGCAGUGAAUUUUUGCACAAAAUGUAAACAACCAAACAAAUUUUCUUUUUUGAUUUACCAGUGUGAUGUAAAAUCACUGUCCCUACUUUGCGGGUGGGGAAGAUGAUUAUAACUGUCUCAGGACCUGUUUUACAAAGAGUUACAACUACAAGUAUGGCAACUUUGCCAUUAUUGUAUUUUCAUUGGCUGCUGAUCUGUGUUAUACUAUUUGACCCAAUGGCAAAUCUUGGAACUCUUUAUAAAACAAGUCCUGGAACCAAUUGAUCCCAUUGCCUUUGGAAGUACUGGACUAACAGUGGGGUCUGGGAGCCCUCCAUCUGAUAAAAUCCACCCCCCCCCCCCACCCUUUCACCUUUCUUGAUAGUUAUAUUUUGCGAAGAUAUCAGAAAAUACAUGACACAUGAGUAUACACAAAAAUGAACCAAGAGUUAUGUAUCAAUUUUGUUACCAUCAUUAUUUUUUUUUCAUCUUAAAGGACAAGUCCACCCCAACAAAAAGCUGAUUCGAAUAAAAAGAGAAAAAUCUAACAAGCAUAACACUGAAAAUUUCAUCAAAAUCGCAUGUAAAAUAAGAAAGUUACGACAUUUCAAAGUUUCCCUUAUUUUCACAUAAUAGCUAUAUGCACAUCCCGGUCGGUAUGCAAAUGAGGGAACUGAUGACAUCACUCACUCACUUUUUCUUUUAUAUUUUAUUAUAUGAAAUAUGAAAUGUUUUAAUUUUCUCCUCAUAAUUGUCAUGUGAAACAAAGUUUUAUUUCUCACUGAACAUGUGGAAUCACAAUUGUUUAACAUUAUAUGGUUCUUUGUUGAUUCAGAUCAACAUUUUUCUGAGGUGGACUUGAACUUUAAGUUGGCUUUUGAACAGACCAUUUCUGAAAUGAGCCCCCCCCCCUCCCCUCAAAAGAAAUAAUGAUGAUAAAAUUAGAACGAAAUAACAACCAAGAAGCCAUUCUCCCAUUAUUAUUCUGUUUAAAUACAUGUCUUUCAUAUAAAAAAGCAAAAUAUUAAGUUAAAAAAUGACACCAUAUUGUUAUGACAAUCAUUUAUCUUUCUCACUGCAUUAUAAUACCAAUGUGCCUCCAUAUAUUUCUUAUGAUAAGUUUUUAGGUAACAGAUAGAAUAUACAUUUUUUAUUAAGGUGUGUGCAGGGUGAGGGUGUGUGUGUGUGUGUGUGUAAAGGGAAAAUUUGUAUGAAUAUAUUAUCCAAUUGUAAUUGUUUGGAAUGUAUGCCUAUAUCAAUUCUUCAAAUACAGGCUGUAUAUUCAUGGACCUACAAUGUAUUACUCUACCUUGGUACAAUUUCAUAAAUUCCUUCACGCAGAAGUGUUAUCACCCUCGGUAGGUCCAUGUUAUAUUCAAGGUAUUUUAAUAGCCAGAUGUCACUGUAUGGAUAUUAUGUUCAUACUUUUUUUUCAUGUUACUUAUAAGUAGCUGUAUUCUAGAUCAGUACUACUAGUAUAUUAUUCUGUGCAUCUGUUUUGAAUAUUUUAUCAUGUUUUUAUAAUUAUCUGUGGUGGAGGAUCGUAUCAUUUGUUGCACCAAAUAUGGGCCCAAAUUCACAAAGGUGGUUUUGAAAAUCCAUGGUUGAGUCCAUGGUUUAUGCAGAUUUCCUGUAUAAAUUAGGUUACAGCCCGAUAGUCCGCGGGUCCAAUAGUCCGCGGGUCCGUUAGUCCGCAUGUCCGAUAGUCCGCGGUGUGUGUAAAAUUAUGAUCAGAAUAUAGUGAGAUAUUUUUUAUUACACCAUAUGUGGAAAAAAGUGCUCGGAAAUGACGUCACCGUUAAAAUGUAAAAUUCUAAUAGCCUCACCAAUAUCAUUUUGAUUAUUGUCUGCUAUUUCUACAAUAAACUUUAUGUCAGUAUGAAUUUCCCCUUUAAUGAAUUAAGUAUAAUACUUGGGAUCCAAAGUGUGCUUCAAAUUUGAAUAUUAGAAGAGCGAUUUGAAAUGAGAAGGCCGUGCAUAUAAGUCCAGG